AGAGUAAAAUUGAAAUAUGCAAAAUAAUGACAACAAAAUCAAUCUAAAUUGUGGGUCUCGAUCUAGAAUCUAGACCUAGACUAUAAUGAUUAUCUAGAGAUAGGUAGUCUAUAUCUAAUACCUAGAGCUAGAUCUAGUAUAAACAUCUAUCAUCUAGGAUCCGAGUUCAAAGCAAAACCAUGGAUGAGAAUUUAUCCUUAAAUCCAUUUGCUGCUCUUUUCACAAGUGUGGAACAACCUAAAAGCUUAAGCAAAGAAACUUCUUCCAAUUCUAUUGGCUCCUUACAGACUAAUCAAGCUCAACAUGAUGAAUCAGAAGCACAGGGAAGCUCAGCUAAUAGUGAAGAACAAGAAAUUAAUUCUCUUGCUGAAAAUAUUUUUAACAUUUCAUUGCAGUCAGAUCCUAAAAAGAGGCAAAAGCAAGUGAGAUAUUUUCCUGAUGUUUCAGAGGACUAUAAAAAUAAUCCAAUCUUAAACAUCUCCAAUGUUAAGCAUGUUGUGUUUGAUGUGCUUAUGAUGGAUUCUCAUGAUGAUGACUUUCAUCUCAGUCAUCAGCUCAAUGAAGAGAGGGAAUCAAUCUUUGGAAAUGAAAACAUUGAAACCACUCAGGUUUUAACUUACCUCUAUUGUGCUUACAGAAGAUACCUGAUGCAGAUGGACAAUUAUUUGAAAUCCAAGUCUCAAAAUGUAUUGUCAUUUCUGAAAGAAUGUAAAGAAGUUAUAUUGCUCAAUGCUAGAGGAUGCUUACAAAACCCUGAUAUUUACCAGUACCAAGACUUUGUGAGUCAGUUCAUCAACCUGUGUAUCGAAGAAGAUCUGCCUCCUCAAGACCCAGCCAAUUACCCUUGUCUGUUCCUACAAGAGGUCUCAAAAGCCAUUGAGAUGAACAGCAAUGAAGGAUCACUUAGCCAGUCAUUUCAGCCAGUUCUUCUGGAGGUUAAGAAUAGAUUGACCUCUGCGUCAAUGACUAUUGUUCAUAAAGAUGCCAUCAAAUAUGUCAAAGUUCUUCAUUUCUUUACCAGCACACCAGCUCUGGCAAGGACAUUUUUAUCUUUGAAUACACCUGAACCUUCCCAAAAUUUUCAUGGAAGAGUUUAUGAAAUGACUCCAAUUGGUGCAGCUCUUAGUCUCAGUGUUCUUCCACGUGGAGAAAAUGGACCCUUCCAUUUUUUUUCAAAACCUUCAUCCCAGAGUAAAAAGGAAAUUGAUGUAGUUGAACAAAGUGUUUGGUGGGCUACUGAAGAACUUGUCUCUGCUAUUCACAAAAUUUUUGUUGAUUUAAUGAAAGUAACUCCUGAGAUGAAACACUACACACUGCGUUGGUUAGGUCUUUGUAUUCAAGGAAAUGCUGGAAGGGCUAAAAUCUGGGACAACCAUAUUGCAUCGGAUAAAUUUGUUAGUGAUGCAUUUGCAGUAAAUCUCACUCAUGUACUCUUGAUGUUCUGCAAACCAUUCUCUGACCCAACUUCUAAUAAAAUUCUGAAAAUCCAAGCUUCCUACACCAAGGCGGUAGCCAACGGAGACAAGGAAAUGUUGCGGCGUUCCAUCCAUCUCUUAGGUAUGCAGAAGGAAACUUGUCUGAUUCCUUCCAGUGAUUCUAUCCCAGUAGAAGAAGAUGACACCUACACAUUUAUCACUGAAUGCUUGUUUAUAACACACAAAGCUAUUCAGGUUUUAGUACAACCAGUUAUUGGUCGACUUUUGUCAGUUAAUCGAGAUCUACAUCAAAUACAAAGGUUGUAUAAUGAAGUGCUACAACAGUCUGCUGGGAAUGAGGAGCCAGUUCUCAAUAUUAAAGAGAGAAUGGAGAAAGCCAUGACUUUCUACCUGAAUCGUAAAACUGCUUUGACUCAGCCUGGACUUUUGUCUCUCUCGUUCAACUUCCUGAUCACCUCAGUUGCCUGGUUGUGUUUAGUAGCUACCACUGACUUGCCCAAAGCAGAUCAGGUGGAUUCUAAAACACAGGUGCCAGAAUUGAAAUUCCCCUUGUCAGAUCAAGUACCUAAUGCAUUAACUUGUAUACCAGAAUUUUUAGCUGAAAACAUCUGCCAUCUUGUCAACCAUAUACAUCGGUUUGAAGAUACAGUUUUAGAAUCAGUGGAAACUAGGCUGAAUUACCUCAUGAACUUUGUUCUGGUCUUCAUGAGUUCACCCAAGAGAAUGAAGAAUCCACACCUGAGAGCAGAACUGGCUGAAAUGAUGUCCUCCUUGAUGCCUUUACAACCAAAUGAAGUUCACCCAGAAAGAUUACAGGGUUCUCAGUAUUUCAGAGAAGAGCUCUUCAAGAGUCACCCCCAUGUGACAUAUAUCCCAGAAGCCUUGCUUCAUGUAUUUGUCAGUAUUGAAAUGACUGGGGAGAGUGUUGCCUUUGAACAAAAGUUUAGUUACAGGAGACCCAUGUACAACAUUUUGAAAUAUAUUUGGAGCAUUCCUUUGCACAGGAGAAAGCUUAAAAGUUUAGCCAAGUUAGCUGAAGAGAAUAUCAUGUGUUCAGAGCCACCACUAUUUCUGAGAUUUAUCAAUUUACUUGUCAAUGAUGCUACAUUUUUGCUGGAUGAAGCCCUCAUUUAUAUCUGUAAGAUUAAAGAGAAACAGCAAGAACGAGAGCGUGGAGACUGGAGAAGUUUGCCUGAGGCCCAGCGCCAUCAGGAGGAGGCCAACCUCCAACACAUCUCAAGGCUAGCUCAGUAUCACAAUGUGAUGGGCAGUGCCACCAUCAGCUCUCUCAGGCUAAUCACUGAGGAGAUCAAGUCCAUCUUUUGUCACCCCACGUUUGUAGACAGGAUGGCCAGCAUGCUAAACUACUUUUUAGUUCGACUGGUUGGCCCCCGACAGAAAGAUUUUAGUGUCAAAGACAAAGAAAGCAUUGAAUUUAAACCUCAGGAGACUGUGUCCAACAUAUCAAGCAUAUAUCUAAACCUACAAAGCAGUGAUUUGUUUUGUCAGGCUGUGUUUCAAGAUGAGAGGUCCUAUUCAUCAAAUCUCUUUGCUCAGGCCACUGAAGUCAUGGCCAAGAUAGGAGAGUCCUCUCAGGCUGUUGCUGACUUCAUGUUACUGGAUGAGAAGAUUAAGAAAAUGCAAUCAACCAAAUUAAGUGAAGAACAGGCUCUGGCAGAUGCACCAGAAGAAUUUUUAGAUCCAAUCAUGGGAACUCUUAUGUCUGAUCCAGUCAUGCUACCUUCCUCUAGAAACAUUGUGGAUCGCAAUGUGAUAGCUCGACACAUACUCAGUGAUCAAACAGAUCCUUUUAACAGGCAGCCCUUAUCUCUGGAUAUGGUCAUCCCCCAGCCUGAUCUCAAGAAUCGUAUACAGGCUUGGAAGCGUGAUAGGUUAAAUAAGGGUUCUUCCUAGGUAGUGUUACCAAACGGUCUAAGAAAAAGCGUUGUUUUAAAAAUCCUCAAGCAAAACUCCAGUUUAAGCGAAUGAAGCUUUUUUUUUUUUUUUUGUAAAUUUCAGAGAUAAAAAUUUGAGCCUACUGAUGUUUAAUAAAACUACACUGCAGUCAUUCAGUAUUUUUAUAAAUGUUUUUUAAAAUCUUCUUAGACUUUGCUUUGAACUAUAAAUUUGUGUAACGUUCUUAAGUGAACAACUUUACAUUGAACAUUCAAUUUUUCAUUCUCACCUUAUUCCAUUAGUAUAUUCGCAGAAAAUCACAAAAUUUAAAGCAAAACUUGUGAUGAUUAUUGUUUUGGUUCUGUGAUAUAUUUAAAUUGAGCAAAUAAUUAACAAAUCAAAUGUGUAGACAUUAAAGUGAGUAUAACAAUUAUUUUUCUCUUUUUAACAUUUUUUUAUUGUGAAUUUUUAUUAUUGUGGUCAAAGAAGAAAAUAGAUAUGUGUUUAGUUCAUAUGUUUUCUUUUGUUUUAAUUACAUUUUUGGGGGUGUUUAUUUUGUAUAUGUAUUGUAUUUGUAUUUUGGUUCAACCAAUUUUCAUGUUACAUUGGUUGUUGAAGUCACUGCCACAUAAUUGAUUGGGAGUUAAGGUGACAAAAAUUGCAUUUGUUUACAUGAGAAUAUAUUAUUGGGUAUAUUUUAAAGUGAUUGUCAAGAGUUUAUAAAAUAAGCGCAUGAUUGUUUGGUCUUAAGUGGUUCUUUGGAUGCCUUAAUUGUAACACUAUUAACAACUUUUAAAUGUUACAAACAUUUAAAAAAUUUUUUUGUCUAGUUUUUUUUUUACCAUUAUUUUAAUAAUGGUGUAUGUAUAAAAAAUAGGUAUGUGUACAAUUAAAAUACUUUUUGCGUUCAACUUUGUGAAUAAACAAAAAUAUUUAGUUUAUUUUUGGAAAUGAAAGAAUAUAUUGAUUUUCUUUUUUUUUUUUUAUAUGCUAAUGUUACUUGUAUUUGUAAUUUUGUUUGAGAUUAUUUUACACAAAAAAAAACAACUUUAAAAAUUUUGUUUAAUAAGAAUUGAGAUAAUUUGAGUUUUGAAGUUGCUUCAA